GUUUGUCAUGACGCACUGACGCUAACUCAGCGGUAGCUGAGUAACUCGAGCGUUAUUAGUUACGUCAAGAUGCGCCUCGAACGUGUACGCUGCAACGUCCGUGAUGCAUUCGACACCGGAAAUGGGUUGAAUGUGAUGUUAAAUGUUGGCAUUCAGAGGUUACAGAUGUGACCCCCACUGUACCGGACGGGCAGCAGUUUCUCUAGCUGCGUGUUGUGCUGUGGGGAACACGUGUCUGGAGAACGGCUCCUACCUGAUGAACUACCUGUGCUGUGCCAGCUGCCACCAGAGGGACUUUGUGCUGAUCAGCAACAAAGCCACCGAGGACGACGACGGAGAGGAGAUCGUCACAUAUGACCAUGUUUGUAAAAACUGUGACCACGUCGUCGCCAGACAUGAAUACACUUUCUCUGUUGUUGACGAGUAUCAGGAGUACACCAUGCUCUGCAUGCUGUGUGGAAAGGCGGAGGACUCCAUCAGUGUUUUACCAGAUGACCCCAGACAGUCUGCCCCUCUCUUCUAGACCUCGACAGACCCCAAACCUGAAGGUCAUCACUCACUUUUAAGAUCAACCAACACCAACAUCAACGUGCUGGCAGCCCCUCGUCUCCAACCAUUUUUAUCAUCCAUUCAAAAGUAUAUUCUUGGCUGUUUAUUAUAGCAGUUGCGCAGGAAAUAUAGCUUUUUACGACAAACGAAAAAUAUUCUGUAUGUUAACUGAUUAUGAACUGUAAAUAAACUUUUUAUUUUGCCACUAUGA